AUAGAUGUGAGAGUGUGUGAGUGUUAGAGCUGGAGAAUGAGAAUAAAUCAUUUCAGUAAUUGCAUUUGGACUUUUUAUGAAUACAUGAAAAUUUUGCAUGUAACUGCAAGAUGUGCACUACCAUUCAAAAAUUUGAAAUUCAUACUUUUAAUGAGCAAGGAUGCAUUAAAUUGAUCAAAAGUGAUGGUAAAGACGUUUAUAAUGUUACAAAAGAUUUCUAUUUUAAAUAAACACUCUUCUUUUGAACUCUCUGUUCAUCAAAGUAUCCUAAACUAAAAUGUAUAAUAAAAUAUCAAACAACUGUUCAAUAUUGAUAAUCAGAAAAGUUUCUUGAGCAGCAUAUCAGCAUAUUAAAAUGAUUAAAGACUUAAGUAAUGAUGCUGAAAAUUCAGCUUUGCAUCACAGUAAUAAAUUGCAUUUUAAAAUAUAUUCACAUAGAAAAGAGUUAUUUUAAAUUGAAAUAAUAUAUUUAUAAUUAAAUAAGCACAGCCUUGGUGAGUAUAAGAGACUUUAAAAACUCAGGAACGUUAAAACAAAUCAUUCCAACCCUAAACAUUUGAAUGGUAGUGUAUGUUUACAAUUUUAAAUUGGUUUUGUUUGCACUAUCUAAUGUCUAACUGAUGGGUUAGAUAUUAUGAUAGUUAGAGUUAGGUUAGCGUUUGGAUAUUUACAGCGGUUUAAAUAUUUACCUAUCAUUGUUUACUUGGCUGUAGUUUAAAGACAGAUGUCCUGUGUGUUAUUUAAGGUCUAUUUAAGUGUUGGUCAUAAACUAAUAAUCUCUUAAUCUGUGUUCAGUCUAAAUGAUCUGAUGGUAUUUUAAUAAUAUUCUUUAGAACUAUUAUAUUGGUGUUUAUCAUUUAACAGUCAUUUUGGUCUUUUAAAUUAGUUUCGGGUCAGAAUUGUAAAUGUUUGUGCCAUCCUGAGUACUAGUAGUAGAGGUUUACUACUGUAACCAAUCAUGAGAGGACAACAGCAGCGAUUAACUUCAGUGUGUAAGAAUGGAUUCAUUUCAACAUUUAAUGCCACGCUGGAGUUCACAUGAACUCUAGCCAUGAUACUUUUCAAGAAAAAAACUUUUAAAGACUUCAGUGUAGUUUGCUGUUGCAGAAUUAAUAAAACUUCUUACAGAAAAAGCUCUAGUGCAUUCUAGUCCUCAGCGCUGACCGGGUGGAGCAGAUGACCAAGACCUACAAUGACAUUGACGUGGUCACACACCUCUUGGCUGAAAGGGAUCGCGACCUGGAGUUGGCCGCUCGGAUUGGUCAAUCUCUCCUACAGAGGAACCACGUACUGCAGGAGCGAAACGAAUCUCUGGAGGAGCAGCUAGCGCAAGCCAUAGACCAGGUUCAUCAGCUUCAGCAUGAGUUGUCAAAGAAGGAUGAGCUCCUCCGUAUGGUCGCAAGCGCCAGCGAGGAGAGCGAGACCGACUCCAGCUGCUCCACGCCUCUACGUCACCCCGCGCCUGCAGGAGCCGCUCUCGCCCUCAGCCAGCUGGAGGCCCUACAGUCCAAACUCCAGGAGCUGGAGGAGGAGAACCUGUCCCUGAGAUCAGAGGCCUGUCACCUGAAGAAAGAAACCAUCACUUAUGAGGAGAAAGAACAGCAGCUGGUGAACGACUGCGUUAAAGAGCUACGUGAGUCGAACAGUCAGAUGGUGUCACUGACGGACGAGCUCUCCAAGAAGAACGAGGACUUAAUAAGACAUCAGGAGGAGAUCGCACAACUCCUCUCACAGAUCGUAGAGCUCCAGCAAAGAGUCAAAGAGUUGGCACUAGAGAAAGAAGAGCUGAGAAUUCACCUUCAAGCCUCAAAGGAAGCACAACGCCAGCUCACGGCUGAGCUAAAGGAGCUGUCGGACAGGAAUGCGGAGUGUGUGGGAAUGUUACACGAGUCUCAGGAGGAGAUUAAGGAGCUGCGAAGUAAGAACACGCCAUCUGCAGGCCUGCGCAGACACUACGGACUCUACCCUAUGGAUUCUUUGGCAGCUGAGAUUGAAGGUACUAUGAGAAGAGAGCUGAGUGUAGAAGAAGAAAUCGCCUUUCAGGACCAGAGGUCAAACCAUAAGCGUGUGUUCCAGACGGUACGGUCUGUCAAUCAAUCAGUGAUGAGAGCGGCUGCCGCAGUGCCUCCGAUCCCUGGCUCCGCCCGCAGCGGCGUGGUCAUGACCCCAGUGCCCUAUCAAUCACACACUCCCAACCCAGAGGAGCAAGCUGGAGAUCUGGACAUCACCAAAGAGAACUGUCGUCUGGGACAGCCCGGUUCUCCCGGAGGAAACGACCUUACGUCAGCCCUAAAUCGACUCUCCCUGCGGAGGCAGAACUUCCUGUGUGAGCGACAGUUCUUCCAGGCCGAGAGAGAGCGGAAGCUGCAGGAGCUGGCGGCUGCCGAAUCGGAAGGGGGCGAGAGCGGCUGCAGCUCACCAAUGGGAAGCACCGUCUCGUCUUUCACCAACCUAUCAGAAUUCUCCAUCUCCUCCAGCUGUUUCAAGACAUUCCUGCCUGAAAAACUGCAGAUUGUUAAACCGAUGGAAGGUUCUCUGACUCUUCAUCACUGGCAGCAGCUCGCUAAACCACACCUGGCCACUAUUCUAGACCCCCAUCCGGGUGUAGUUACCAAAGGCUUCCGCCCUCUCCCUCAGGACAGUGUUUACCACCUGGCUGACCUCGAAGAAGAUGAAGACCAGGAGAAACUACCGUGGGAACAUAAGCGAAAAAAGGAGGAGCCACAGGAUUCUAAGAUAAAAGAGGAAGAGGAGGAAGAAGAGGAGGAGGAAGGAAUCACAUUUAACGUGCGCUCAUCGUCCACUCCGGAAGAGAUGCGAGAGAGGAGGCGUGUCCAAAGUCCAGCUAAUGUCCCGCCCCUUCCUGCAUCCCUCAGGAAUUCCCCUGUUCCCAUAGCAGCAGUUGUUUCCUUAGCAACAGCAGUUAACCUGACAGCCAGCGCUGCUCCUGCAGUCAGUUCUGGAAUCUCAGGAUCAGCAGCUUCACAGUUUGAGCUGAAUCUCGGAUCUAAAGCACCAUCUACAGCUAUAAAUCCUGGGAAAUAUCAGAGCUCCACUUUUUCCACGUACACCUUCACUACCUGCCGGAUCCUGCAUCCUAGUGACAGCACACAGGUCACACCCAGCUCUGUCUGUAGUCCUUCUGUGAGUGAUAACACCCCAAGUUCCCUCCGGACCGGUCCCAGUACUCCAGUUACACCCUGCAGAUUAAGUCUGGGCGAUUCUUUCCCCAUUCGCCGUCCUGCAGCGCCCCCUGGUGGUCUCGCCAAGCUCCUCCUGGAGAAAGGCAUCUCUGCUCAAGGGCCCACUGUUGCUGCAGCACCUAAAAAGCCUCUUUCUCUCCGUCUCCAUCCCAGCACUCCUCCAAACUCCCCAUCCCACUCUCCAUGCCCCUCCCCUGUACCUUUCGACUCCCGAUCCACCUCUUCGGACAACUUCCUGGCGUCCCGUCCCGCCGAGCUCUUCCUGCAAGACGUUUAUGGGCUGAAACUCGGCCGUGCCCCACGACCGGAUCUCCUCAGCCCUGAACGAUCCCCGCAAGGGCAUUCGACCAAACCCGACUGCCACGCCGUCAACCUCGUGGAGCAUCUUCGCAAGUUAGGCUUGGAUAAAAAAGUCCUUGAAGGUGGGCAUCAACAGGAAUCUGCCACGUUUUUAGCAACAGGAGGCGGGAGCUUAUUAGAUGGGCUUCGGCGAAAUCAAAGUCUGCCCGCUAUGGUUGGCCGCCGUAGCGCAUCCGCUUCCAGUCCGUCCUUUCCUGCCCCGCCCCCUCACCCUACUUCCCUAGCCCUUCCCAUCCCACCAUGGGGGAACCUAAACGAACCACGCCGCACACGUAGACACGCCUCCCUUUCUCAAGCCCCGCCCCACCUGCAUAAUUCAUAGGUAUGUGGGCGUGGUCUCCGACCAACAGGAGUGACUUUAUAUCCCUCAUAUCCUUGAUUAAACCAUCUGUUCCUUGGAAGAAGAGGCUGAAAGACAUUGUUUUUAAAGCACAAAAAUGAAGUGUCUUGCCAUGUUUAUGUUAAAAUGAAGAUUUUAAAGGCCUUAUAGCACUCAAGAGGAAACUCAGACUUCUAAUCCCAUUCUCCCCCUCUAAAUCUUUGUCCUUUUUAUCCUAUUUUCUGUUCAUUAACUCUUGAGGCUGUGGAGUUGUGAGAUGGCGAAUAGUGCAGGAAGGAAUAUGUAUGUGUAGAAGGAUGUUGUAUGUUGAAUCGAUAGAAGGAAGUUAAAGGAAUGCUAUAAGGGACUAGAAAUAUGAAGGUUUCUGUAGGUUUAAUGUGAAUUUACUGUCACUUUGAUUCAUCCUAGUGAAUCUUAUACAAGAUUGAGGUGAUGAACACAGAGAAAAAUGGAAUAAAGCAAGUGAAAUGAUGGUCGCAUCUCCACAGCCUCAUUUUAGAGGUAGCUCCUGAGAGUUUCUCUAGUUAUCAUGCAUUAUAGAUAGGUUCAGUAGAGCAUCUACCUCCCCGUGUUGUCUAUUUUGCAUCAUUACAGUACAGAUGAAAGGUCUAAGCAAGCAUUGCGUCUUUUAGCAUGCUGGUGUAUCUGGACAGAAGCUCCUCUUAUUUCUUUGCACUGGUUAUUGGGGAUUUUUUUCACAAAAGAGCAGAUUUGGAUUGCUCAGGAUAUAUUGGGCUUGUACAGGCACUUGUUCUGGUGUAUUAUCAUAUUCAGGGACUGUAUUUAAGGAAAACGAGUGAUAUGUUCAUAUGUACACUCAAAAGGCAUCACUGCAAAUUAUACUUUAAGUUUGGCUUAAGAUGAUUCUACAACUGAAACCUGAAGAGAAGGGAAUUUGAUUAUUUCGCUAAUUUGUUUUUGCUCCAGGAUACAUUUUAAUGUUCUAUUCUCAUUCUAUUUGCAUUUACACCCCUUAAAUAAAAAGCCAGCUGUAUUGUUAGUGAAUAUAGGAAUUGUUCUAAAGUAGCCCUUAAGAUGUCAACCACUGUAUUACAUGGUCUUGACAGUUUGACCAUGACCUUUGACCCCUGAAUGAAUUCCUUAGUGACACCGAUCUUGCUUCCUUGUCAUCUUAUUUCCCUCCUUUUUAUGCACUUUUCAUUUUUAACCCACUAGAAUUGUGUUUUAGUAAAUAGGCAUUAUCGAACAAUAAGGUAAGACUAGAGUAUGUUAAUACAUUUAGCUUAUAUUAUUUACUAACCACUCAGCUAGGAAUGAGAUUUUAAUAUAUUUAAUGUUUUGGUGGAGUUUGAGAAGGGACUCAAGAUUCAAAGACCUUUUUUGGGUUUAAACCAAAAUGAUUUGUCUAUCUUGCCUGAAUUGUCAUUUUAUAAGCUAAAACUUGUGAUUGUGUUGUAAACUGACCAUUUGUGCUUUGUGGUAAACGACAGCACAGGGAAAACCAUCAGAAACUGUUACAGGUGAGACAUUUAGUAUGCUUUAUGUCAGCUACGCCAAGGACUCAAAUGAAUCAAAACGUGAUACUAACUAAACUUGGUCAAAUCAGUCACAUCCUACAGCUCCUUCAGAAUAAUACCAGCAUGCUUGCUGCAUAUAUAUAUACAUACAUCACUAGCUUUAUUUCUAAUCCCAGCUGAAGUGUAUGCUACUAAACGCAUGAUUUGAUUUCUGUAUCAAAGUGUCCUUAUUUACAUCCUGCUGUUGAUGUCAUCAAGCUCUCGCUUCCAUUGAGAUCAAAGGUCAAUGCUUGAAGAUGAUGCCACAAGUUGUGACAUCAAGCACCAGGUGAUUUCUUUUGUGCUGUUGACAUAGUAACCACAGCCUUGGUGUGUUUUCCUGUGUUUGGCUGUCAGAACCCUGUAUCGGUAUCGUUAUGUUGGGGUUUUUUUAUAAUAAAACAAACAAAUUCAA